AAUAAUUUUUUUGUUUACGUCGCGAAAAUAAAAAGCUGAGAUUCGCACUGAGCCAAAAGAGACUGGCUUUUCUCAAUCGCCAUUGACGAAAGCUCCGCUGUAUUUCCCUGAAUUCUUCUUCGAGAGAUAGAGAGAGGAGAAUUGAACGACACCGUCGAUCAUGUCGUUCUCGUUCUUCAAGCCGUCGAGGCCCAAAACCCCACAGGAGGUGGCCAAGGCCAUCAACGACAGCCUGUCAGCCCUCGACACCCAGACCGUCGUCGAAGUCAAAGCCCUCGAAAAGGCUUUGGAAGAAGUUGAAAAGAAUUUCACAACAAUGAAAUGUUUGCUUUCUGGAGAUGGGGAGACCGAACCAAAUAUGGAUCAAGUUUCGCAGCUUGCGCUCGAGAUUUGUAAGGAGGGUGUUUUUGACCUUCUAAUUCACAAGUUACCUAUACUGGGAUGGGAAGCAAGAAAGGAUUUGGUCCAUUGUUGGUCCAUAUUGAUGAAGCAAAAGGUUGAAUUGACUUAUUGCUGCGCAGAAUACAUGGAGAACCAUUUGGAAUUAUUAGACUUUCUUGUCGUGUGCUAUGAUAACAAGGAAAUUGCUUUGAAUUGUGGAAGUAUGUUGAGGGAUUGCAUUAGAUUCCCUGCACUUGCAAAAUACAUACUGGAGUCUGCGAGCUUUGAGUUGUUUUUUAAAUUUGUGGAGCUGCCUAACUUUGAUGUUGCUUCUGAUGCAUUCUCUACCUUUAAGGAUCUACUUACUAAACAUGGAACGGUGGUAUCUGAAUUUUUGACUGCUCACUAUGAUGAGUUCUUUGAUCUAUAUGAGAAGCUCUUGACAUCUCCAAAUUAUGUGACCAGGAGGCAAUCUUUGAAGCUUCUCUCCGAAUUCCUCUUGGAGACUCCAAAUUCACAUAUAAUGAAGCGCUACAUCUUAGAAGUUCGGUACUUGAAAGUCAUGAUGACGUUGCUCAAGGAUUCAAGUAAAAACAUCCAAAUCUCUGCCUUCCACAUCUUCAAGGUCUUUGUUGCGAAUCCUAAUAAGCCACGGGAAGUAAAACUUAUCCUGGCUAAAAACCAUGAAAAGUUGACGGACUUGCUUCAGAAUCUUUCUGCUGGAAAAGGCGAUGAAGACGAGCAAUUUGAAGAGGAAAAGGAGCUGAUCAUCAAGGAAAUCGAAGGAGUAUAUCAGCUAGUUAAUCUGUAGAAUACCUCUCACAUCUGCUUGUCGUGCUUGUUCUGAUAUCCGAUUUUCUGCAAUUAUCGUCCGACAAAACGCCAUGUGCCAAAGAAAAGGGAAAAGAGUAUGGAUGGAGUAUAAUGCUUUCCGGAGUCGUGUGUAUCAACAACUGUAUGCCCUUGUAAUCUUUGUUGAACUACGAAAAGAGAAGCAAAAAGGAAAAUUGUUUUGAUACAUGUCGUAAAAUCUCCGAAAAAGUAUGUAAAAAUGGUUGUUUUUCAGUGCUCAUGAGCACUUGUGAGCUAUAUAUUUGUUCUUCUGUGGGUUUGCCAUCUUAUAAAGGUUUUGCGUUUGCUUGA